AGUAUCCGGCUAGGGUCCAAAUAUUCUCUAGUUUAUUUUAAAAUAAGGAUCUGUCCAGUUUUCACUCACUGAAGCCUACAUCGUCUGGUCUGCGUUAAUUGAGUUUAAACGCACGACAGGUAUGUUUACCUGUUUGUUUGGAAACGUAUUCCGGAAACGAAACCCUGAGUAAUCGAUCGGAAGUGACAGGAGGGAGCGGGAAGUCGCUGUCGCGAAGGCCGGCGGGCGGCUGGGAAUGGAAGGGGCCUGACUGCGGAGAAGUUACCCCAGGACUUCGCGCCGAGCCCCCGGACCGGAGAGCCCGCUGGGGAGGAGUGAGAGUCUCAGAGGUUAUUCAGUAGAAGUCUUGGGGUGCAUUUUCAUUGAUUAAAAAUGACUACUCUUGAGAGUUUACAAACUAAAGUCACCCUGACUUCAACCCCAAUCCGAGGAGCAGGAGAUGGAAUGGAAACGGAGGAGCCACCUAAGUCUGUUGAAGUCACCUCUGGAGUCCAACCUGUAAAGCCCCACGCCCUUCCGAGUCCACGAAGGAAAGCAGUCGCCUCAGAGAGCCCCGGAGUCCUGCAGCUGGGCAAGAUCCUCACUGAGAAAGCGGUGGAAGUCGAAGCUAUAAGAAUAUUGGUUCCCAAAGCUGCUAUAACCCACGUUGUCCCCAACAAAAAUGCCAAGGUUAAGCCUCUCGGACGUCAGAAAGGGGAGCUCUCUGGUCAGUCCGAGGGGGCUGCAGAGCCCAGGAAGGAGCUCGCAGAGGUGAAGAGCACCCUGGAGAAGCUCAGGAACUCGGAAAGGAGGCUGCUGCAGGACCGAGAGGGCCUUUCCAACCAGCUCCGUGUGCAGACGGAGGUCAAUCGUGAGUUAAAAAAGCUGCUGGUGGCUUCAGUUGGUGAUGAUCUUCAGUAUCACUUUGAACGUCUAGCCCGUGAGAAAAAUCAGCUUAUUUUAGAAAAUGAAGCCCUAGGUCAGAACACAGCUCAGCUUGCCGAGCAGUUAGAACGAAUGUCAAUACAGUGUGACGUGUGGAGAAGCAAAUUCCUCGCGAGCAGGGUCAUGGCAGACGAGUUAACCAACUCCAGGGCAGUUCUGCAGCGGCAGCACCGGGACGUGCAGGGCGCCCUCCAGGACCUCCUGAGCGAGCGGGAGCAGCUGCGCCAGGGGAUGAAAGCCACCCACAGUUUACUGGAGGAGCUCCUGGUCUCCUUGCAGUGGGGAAGAGAGCAGACUUACUAUCCUAGCACCCAGCCUCACAGCACAGCAGAACUAGCGCUAACCAAUCACAAGUUGGCAAAAGCGGUGAAUGCUCAUCUUCUGGGAAAUGUUGGAACUAACAGUCAAAAAAAGACUCCGCCAACUGUUGAAUUCUGCAGCACCCCAGCGGAGAAAAUGGCUGAAACGGUGCUACACAUUUUGGACCCAGCUACCAGUUCAGAAAGCUCAUCUGAUAAUCCAUUUUCUGAGUCUUCACCAACCACCUUACUUGCUACAAAGAAAAAUAUUGGGCGAUUUCAUCCCUAUACUAGAUACGAAAAUAUCACCUUCAAUUGCUGCAACAACUGCCAGGGAGAACUUAUUGCCCUUUAACGUGUAACAUUGGGGUAUGCUGCAGGCAUGUGCCUGCUACCCAGGAGCCAUUCUUAGUGGGGAGCUGGGGUUCCUAUAAUGCUAGAAGUAAUCUCACUUUCUACUUAAAUAAUGUAUAUCCCCAAAAUGUUUUAUGUACUGGACUCCAGGUUACCCUUUCUUAAUAAAUGUCUCAGGGUAAGAAAAGAAUGAAGCAGUGCAAAUAUAUAUAAAGUGGGGAAUGCUUCCCAGGUAUUACACGAUGCUUUUCCUAAUGGGCUUUAAAAGGGAAAAAUUAUAUACCUUCUUUUAGGCCCCAAAUUAUUGUUUAUCUUGCUAUAUAUUUUAUAUGCACAGAUUUAAUUUGGUAAUCAAAAUCAGUGAUUGGCAAACUAGAGCCAUGGGCCUUAGGCAGCCACACCCAUCAUGUACUGCUGUCUGCAGUGGGCUCUUGUAGUACCACAGCAGAGCUCCGCAGAGGAAACAGGCUGCAAAGCCUAAAAUAUUUCCUAUUCGUCCCAUUACUGACCCCUACUCUAAAGUAAUAAUCAGCAGAGGGGAUGAGGGAGGAAGUGUUUUUUCCCUUUCGGUGAAUUUGGGGUGUGAGGGGCUACAAAGGAGGCUUAGGAAAUACAGUAGGUGAAGGGAUAAAUCUUUUAAAAAUAAAUGCUGUAUAUGAGGAGAAUUAGGAACUGACAGCCACAUUAACAAGAGCUUCGGCAAAAUGUGUUCUGCUGUUUUUGUGCAGAAGAUUCCAUAUUUUGAGUGGAUGCCACUUGAUAUAUAUAGAAGAAACAGGUUCUAACAAUUUGCUCAAUUUGGCAAAGCAACAAAAUAUCCAAUUUGAUAUUUAUAAAAUAAGGUGGAGAAAGUAGGAUCUUUCUAGGAUACAGUACAAACUCAAACAUGUAACCCAUCAAUUAAAUUUACAUUAUGUAAGAUCCAUUAUUGUUUAUGAUGGAUAAUCACAAACAUCCUUUUAUAGGCCUUUAAAACUAUCCAUAAAAUGUUUAUACCAAAUUAUACUAAUUAAUUACAGAAGUGCCUGUCAAUAGAGAAGCCUUCAAGAAACAAAUCUGGUCAAAGUACAUUGUAUUUUAAUGUCAAUCUAGUGAUUUUUUUGGUCUGAUUCAUCUGAGUUAUAUUUAUAAUUUCAUGUGGCAAUAAAUUUCUCUAUCUUCUUUA